AUGGCUUCUAAAGAAGCCGACGCGCGGCUCGCGUACAUGACGAAGCGCGAGUCGGAGAUCCGCCUCCCGCGCGCGACGCGCGUUAAGAACAAAACUCCCGCGCCGGUCCAGAUCACCGCGGAGCAAAUCCUCCGCGAGGCGCGCGAACGGCAGGAGGUAGAAACCGCGGCGCCGAAGCAGAAAAUCACUGACGCGCAGGAGCUCGGGGAGUACCGAUUGCGGAAGCGCAAGGAGUUUGAAGAUUUGAUUAGGCGGGUUAGGUGGAACACGAGCGUAUGGGUUAAAUAUGCCACGUGGGAGAUGAGCCAGAAGGACUUCGCGCGCGCGCGAUCCGUGUGGGAGCGAGCGCUGGAGGUGGACUAUAGGAACGUGUCCAUAUGGCUGAAAUACGCGGACAUGGAAAUGCGCAACCGCUUUGUCAACCAUGCGCGGAACGUGUGGGACCGCGCCGUGUCGCUGCUGCCCCGCAUCGACCAGCUCUGGUACAAGUACAUACACAUGGAGGAGAUGCUGGGGAACGUGGCAGGGGCACGGCAGGUGCUGGAGAGGUGGAUGAAAUGGGAACCCGACCACCACGGCUGGUCCGCCUACAUAAAAUUCGAGCUUCGAUACGGCGAGAUCGCGCGCGCUCGCGCCGUGUUUGAACGCUACACCAUGUGCAUACCCACGGUGAAAGCGUGUAUCCGUUUCGCGAAAUUCGAGGUGAAGCAGGGGGAGAUUGCGCGCGCCCGGGAGGUCUACGAGCGGGCAGUUGAAAUUCUCGGCGAGGACGGGCAGAACGAGGAACUUUUCGUCGCGUUCGCCGAGUUUGAGGAGCGGAUAUGCAAAGAGACCGAACGCGCAAGGGCGAUUUACAAAUAUGCCCUCGACCAUGUCCCGAAGGCCCAGGCCGAAUCCCUGUAUAAGAAAUUCGUGGUUUUCGAGAAGCAGCACGGGGACAGGGCAGGGAUAGAGGAUGUGGUGGUGGGGAAGAGGCGGUUUGAGUAUGAGGAGGAGGUGAAGCGGAAUCCGAGGAACUACGACGCGUGGUUUGACUAUGUGAGGCUGGAGGAGAGCGUGGGGGAGGCGGAGCGGGUGCGGGAGGUGUAUGAGCGGGCGAUCGCGAAUGUUCCACCUGCUGACGAGAAGCGCUUCUGGCAGCGAUACAUCUACCUCUGGAUCAACUACGCUUUAUAUGAAGAGCUGGAAGCAGGGGACAUGGAGAGGACGAGGGAGGUGUACCGGGAGUGCCUGAAGCUGAUUCCACAUGGCAAGUUCUCAUUCGCCAAGAUCUGGCUGCUCGCCGCCCAGUUUGAGAUCCGCCAGAAGCGCCUCUCCGCCGCCCGGCAGAUCCUGGGCCAUGCGAUUGGCGUGGCUCCUAAAGACAAGAUCUUCAAGGCGUACAUUGAAAUGGAGUUACAGCUGGGCAACAUCGACCGCUGUCGCAUGCUCUAUGAGAAGUACCUCCAAUGGCAGCCCGCCAGCUGUCAGGCCUGGGCCAAGUUCGCAGAGCUGGAGCGCAGCCUGGGUGAAACGGAGCGAGCUCGGGCCGUGUACGAGCUCGCAAUCGGGCAGCCUUUAUUGGACACGCCUGAACUGCUGUGGAAGGUAUGUUGUGCCUCAGCCAAGAUUCCUGAGGCAGGCGUGGGAAGCAUGCAUGGGUGUGCGUGGGCCAACUUCGCAGAGCUGGAGCGCAGUUUGGGGGAGACGGAGCGAGCGCGGGCAGUGUACGAGCUGGCGAUAGGGCAGCCUCUCUUGCAUACGCCUGAGCUCCUGUCGAAGGUAUGCUGCAUAUGA